UAUUAUAUUUACGGCAGUCACCUUAGUCAUUCCUUUAGGCUUCUGUUUUUGAGGUAGAUGGUACUAUUUCAUUUAACAGUUUGGACACUUUUUGUUUUUUUUUGUAACAAUGGCUAAAUUAAGUAAAGAGACCAAACAGCGCCUGCAGCAGGUUUUCAGAUGUGGUCAGUUCGUUAUCCGAUGGGGCUUCGUUCCUACUAUUCUUUAUUUGGGAUUUAGGAGAGGUGGAGAACCCGGGAUGCCAGAACCUACAAUUUUAAGUCUUCUUUGGGGUUGAGAAGCCUGUGGUCCAUAAAAGCAACGUAGUUAAAGAAGCCUUGAAGAUAAAUAUUCACAGAGAAAAACAGCAUGAAAUGUAUUACUGAAAAUUGAAAUUCCGUUUCUGUACCACAGCCUGCUGUUAUGAUGUUUCUUGGGAAACCCAAGCCAGUUUGCUGAAAUAGAUGAUUAAAGUUGUUUAAAACCAGA